UCCGACUGAGUAGCAGACGACAUCCGUCCUCUCCCCAGCCCACAAAUGUCUCGCGCUACUUUCAAUGAGUUGUUGAUUGCUGAAGUUGCUAAACGACCUAUUCUUUGGGACGUAAAGAGUAAACAUUUCCGGAAUAAGCAAAAGAAGAUGAUCCUCUUGGAAGAAGUUGCCGAGAUUCUUAAAGAAGUCGAUGAAUCUGUGACAGCAGACGAACUACAAGCACGUUGGAAGAACCUCAAGGACACAUUCAGGAAAAAAAUAAAAGAAGAAAAAAAAGUCAAAAAGAGCGGUGCUGCAGCUCCAUCGAAGACAGCAUAUUGGCCGCACACUGAACAGAUGACUUUCCUCAGAGACGUAUUGGAACCUAGGUGGAGCAUCAGUAACAUGGAUGCCAGCGAGGAAACAGUGGUUCCAACAUCCUUGCCUGUGGAGCCACUCGACCUCCCAUCGCAAGCUUUCCGGAAUGGUUCCGAUGUUGAUAACUGCCCCGCCACAAGAAAUCCGUUUGAACUUAUAUUCCAAAAACCUAGCGUAUCAGAACGGGUUACAACACCACCUAAUCCGCCACUCCACCUACCGCCUCCCUGCAAUCUACCGCCUUCCAAUCCACCACUUUCCAAUCCAUCACAGGCUGCCAGCUGCCCAAGAGAAAGUGAGGAAGUUUCAUCGACGCCACAACAAAGGUCAAAGCAGCAGCGAAAAAGAGAAUUGGAAACUGUCGAUGACGAACUGAACGCAGUGCGCAACGUCAUUGCGGCUCACAAGCCGAUGGACGCUAACGGGUUAUUUCUUUUGUCUUUGAAACCAUACCUGCAAAGCACGCCACAAGAAAUGUUCACAAAUUUGAAGCUGGAUCUACUCCAUAUUUGCUCCACCUAUAGCGAGGGGCGCCGUCCUCUUUCACUGCGUUCAUACGAUUGGUGA